CGUUUGCUGCGAAGACAACGCCGUCCAUGGCACAGUAAAUGAUGGUUGGUAGCCGCAUUGUGGAGCAAAUGCAAAAAAAUCAUGGCCGGGGGGUGAGGUAUUCACACUUUCCCCAUUUCCCCUUUCCAUUCCCCGAGUUAAGAACCGGCAACAGGCGAACCCCAUGGCGGCGGCGGGGGGUGCGGCGAUGUAUGCCGGAAUAGUACAAAACGGCAUGGAAUUUCUGCUAGACCCAGUCGACAGGUUCCCACUGACAGAGGUCACAGCCGAUGUUGAGUGGCCAGAUCCUUUGGUGCUGAUGGACGUGUGGCGGUCAGCACCGCCUGCAGCCGACUCAUUGUGCGCUGUUGUAGUUGGCAACCUAGGCGAUUGUUCUGAGCAGAAUAGAUUAGCCGGCAAGAGGAGAUUUUCCUGUCUUGGCUCCAGGAAAGAGGAAUCAGAUGUUUCAUCGGUCGCCGUGGUUGGACUUGCAUCGGAUGCUAUGAGCUGCAACGUCCAAGAAGGCGCACCCAAACAUUUUCAGUCAGAGCCGGAGAUCGUGAAUGGGAUGGUAGCCGCGACAGCCAGCGAGGAGGGGCAGACCUCCAAGUUCGCCCUGUCUGUGAACAGCACUGCCGUGCCAACUCAUGAAGAAGGAUUUGGUAAGCACGACCCAGAUGCAGAAAGAGAAGUAUACGAGCUGGACUCAGGGGAGGUGGAUGACGCUGAUUGCUCUGAUGCAGACGGGGCUGAUGUAGGUGACGUCCAUGCAGGGGAUGAAGUCUGCAGCCACCGUGCUAAGCGAAUUCGUGUGUGUGGUACCGAACACCUCAUCUAGUGGUUAAAAGUCAGUAUGGUAAUGUGUGGUAAUUUCUCAUUACCACUAAUAUCUGUACGCUGGCUACGGUUUGGGUUGUGUGUUAUGUGCGUCGAGUGUUGUUCGCCAGCAACUUUUCUUUUUUGGAUUGUUCUGUUUUACGACGUGACGUCCAAGGUGCUCUGUUUUAUGAGAUGAUGUUAUCAGCAGGACCAUAGAUGCACUUGGCUGUUGUGUCAGAUCCAUCUGUAAAUCAUAUAUGGGGAUGGUUGUGUCA